UCCGCGCCGGGGAUGCGCGCCCUCGGCCCCGCGGCUCCUCCCGGCUGGGCGCGGGCGAUGGAGCUGAGCAUGAGGAAGUUCACGGUGCGCCGGUUCUUCUCCGUGUACCUGCGCAGGAAGUCGCGCUCCAAGAGCUCCAGCCUCAGUCGGCUCGAGGAGGAGGGCGUGGUCAAGGAGAUCGACAUCAGCCACCACGUGAAGGACGGCUGCGAGAAGGCCGACCCCUCCCAGUUUGAGCUGCUGAAGGUCUUGGGACAAGGGUCCUACGGGAAGGUGUUCCUGGUACGCAAGGCCGUGGGGCCGGACGCCGGGCAGCUGUACGCCAUGAAGGUGCUGAAGAAGGCCACGCUGAAAGUCCGGGACCGCGUCCGGUCGAAGAUGGAGAGAGACAUCUUGGCGGAGGUGAACCACCCCUUCAUCGUGAAGCUGCACUACGCCUUCCAGACGGAGGGGAAGCUCUACCUGAUCCUGGACUUCCUGCGGGGAGGGGACCUCUUCACCCGGCUCUCCAAGGAGGUGAUGUUCACGGAGGAGGACGUCAAGUUCUACCUGGCGGAGCUGGCCCUGGCGCUGGACCACCUGCACGGCCUGGGCAUCAUCUACCGAGACCUGAAGCCCGAGAACAUCCUCCUGGACGAAGAGGGCCACAUCAAGGUCACAGACUUCGGGCUGAGCAAGGAGGCCAUCGACCACGACGCGCGCGCCUACUCGUUCUGCGGGACCAUCGAGUACAUGGCGCCCGAGGUGGUGAACCGGCGCGGCCACACGCAGAGCGCCGACUGGUGGUCCUUCGGCGUGCUCAUGUUCGAGAUGCUCACGGGGUCCCUGCCGUUCCAGGGCAAGGACAGGAAGGAGACCAUGAGCCUCAUCCUCAAGGCCAAGCUGGGCAUGCCUCAGUUCCUCAGCCCGGAGGCGCAGAGCCUGCUGCGAGCGCUCUUCAAGCGGAACCCGUGCAACCGGCUGGGUGCGGGCAGUGACGGCGUGGAGGAGAUCAAGCGCCACCCGUUCUUCGUCACCGUGGACUGGAACAAGCUGUACCGGAAGGACAUCAAGCCGCCCUUCAAGCCCGCCGUGGGCCGGCCCGAGGACACAUUCCACUUCGACCCCGAGUUCACAGCCCGGACGCCCACAGACUCGCCGGGCGUGCCCCCCAGCGCCAACUCGCACCAGCUGUUCCGCGGCUUCAGUUUCGUGGCCUCCAGCCUGGCCCAGGAGCCCCCGCAGCAGGACCCGCACCGAGCGGCCGUGCACCCCAUCGUGCAGCAGCUGCACGGGGACAACGUCCACUUCUCCGACGGCUACGAGGUCAAGGAGGACAUCGGGGUGGGCUCCUACUCCGUGUGCAAGCGGUGCGUGCACAGAGCCACGGACGCCGAGUACGCCGUGAAGAUCAUCGACAAGAGCAGGAGGGACCCCUCGGAGGAGAUCGAGAUCCUGCUGCGGUACGGCCAGCACCCCAACAUCAUCACCCUCAAGGACGUCUACGACGAGGGGCAGUUCGUGUACCUGGUGACGGAGCUGAUGCGCGGCGGGGAGCUGCUGGACCGCAUCCUGCGGCAGCGCUGCUUCUCGGAGCGCGAGGCCAGCGCCGUGCUGUGCACCAUCGCCCGGACCAUGGACUACCUGCACUCGCAGGGGGUUGUGCACCGGGACCUGAAGCCGAGCAACAUCCUGUACGUGGACGAGUCCGGGAACCCCGAGUCCAUCCGGAUCUGCGACUUCGGGUUCGCCAAGCAGCUGCGCGCCGAGAACGGGCUGCUGAUGACGCCCUGCUACACGGCCAACUUCGUGGCCCCCGAGGUCCUAAAGCGGCAAGGCUACGACGCGGCGUGCGACAUCUGGAGCCUGGGCAUCCUGCUGUACACCAUGCUGGCGGGAUUCACCCCGUUUGCUAACGGGCCGGACGACACCCCGGAGGAGAUCCUGGCGCGGAUCGGCAGCGGGCAGUACGCGCUCUCCGGGGGGAACUGGGACUCCGUCUCGGAGGCGGCCAAGGACGUGGUGUCCCAGAUGCUCCACGUGGACCCGCAGCAGCGCCUGACGGCACUCCAGGUCCUCAAACACCCCUGGGUUGUGAACCGAGAGCACCUGCCCCAGAGCCAGCUCAGCCGGCAGGACGUCCACCUGGUGAAGGGCGCCAUGGCCGCCACCUACUUUGCCCUGCACAGGACGCCCCAGGCCCCGCGGCUGGAGCCCGUGCUGUCGUCCAGCCUGGCCCAGCGCAGGGGCAUGAAGAGACUCACGUCCACGCGGCUGUAGCCGGCAGGACCCGCCGCCUGGGGCCCGGGCACGGUGGCCGGGCCCGCGUUUCCCCUUCAGCCGAGAGGGUCCGAGGGCGCCCUGCCCCGCCUCGCUCUGCCGCCUGCCGCCUCCUGUCGCCGCUGCACGCGAAGGCCUUCCCCACGUGGCCCCUGCUCGGCGUGCCAGGAGGCCCCGGGUUAGACGGGAGGAGGCGGCCACGGCAGCGCCUCCCUGGAGGGGCCGGCGUCGAGGGCCGGUGGCCGGCGGCUGAAGGUGACGGAGGGCACGGGCACAGGAGCAGAGCCGCCCCGACGACGACGCAAAGAGCCCUCAUCUCGCCGCCCCACGUGUGUGACAGGCCCGCUGUGUCCUCGCAGAGAGCCGAGCGGGAGGCGCCCCCAGAGCCGCUGGGGCUCGGCCUUGGUGCCCUCGGCGCCCGGGAAGGAGCCAGCAGGCGCCUGUGCGCCCGCCCCGCCUCUGGACGGCAGCGGCCCCGGGGCUGGGCGGCCCCGGGCGGAGGGCCCGCUUGCUCGGCUUGCUCCCUCCCCUGCCCCCGGAGAAACGGUGACCUCGGGCCCUGAGCGCGGCCUCUGUCGCCCGGGGGUCGGGGCACGGCCGGGGAUGCCCUGGCGGAGGCUGACUGUGUCUGCGCCUGCUGCAGGGCCUGUCCUUGGCGGCCAGUGAGUCCGUGUGUCCCCGGGGCCGCAGGCGCUCGGGCUGGGCCCCUUCAUUAAUAAAAUCCCGACCGCACCGCCCGGGGCUGGAGGAGGCGGCGCCUGUGUCCUGUCUCCUCCAGCUCGUGCCCACCCAGGGAGCCACCCCACCGGGCGGAGGAAGGCUGUCACUUGUC